CUCUUCUCAAAAGCCAUCUCACACUAAAACAUAUAUCUCUCAUCAUCUUCUCAACUUACUUUCAAAUCUUACUAAAUCUCAUUUCUAUCAUCUAAACCCAAAUGGGACGAAGCUGGAGCCUCACCGUCGUGGCAGCUGUUCUGCUGGUAAUGAUGUUCGGUUCAGCCUACUCAGGCAACUUCUUCGACGAGUUCGACCUCACGUGGGGUGACCACAGGGGUAAAAUCUUCAACGGAGGAAACAUGUUGUCCCUGUCUCUGGACAGGGUUUCCGGAUCGGGGUUCAAAUCCAAGAAAGAGUAUCUAUUCGGACGGAUCGAUAUGCAGCUCAAACUCGUCGCCGGAAACUCAGCCGGCACCGUCACUGCUUACUACUUGUCGUCGCAAGGAGCAACACAUGAUGAGAUAGAUUUCGAGUUUCUAGGAAACGAGACAGGUAAGCCUUAUGUUCUUCACACCAACGUCUUUGCUCAAGGGAAAGGCAACAGAGAACAACAGUUUUAUCUUUGGUUCGAUCCAACCAAGAACUUCCACACUUACUCUAUUGUCUGGAGACCUCAACACAUCAUAUUCUUGGUGGACAAUUUGCCUAUAAGAGUGUUCAACAAUGCAGAGAGGCUUGGUGUUCCGUUCCCAAAGAACCAACCAAUGAGGAUCUACUCGAGCCUGUGGAAUGCAGAUGACUGGGCCACGAGAGGUGGUCUUGUAAAGACUGACUGGUCCAAGGCUCCUUUCACAGCUUACUACAGAGGAUUCAACGCUGCGGCUUGCACUGUUUCUUCAGGCUGUGAUCCCAAAUUCAAGACUUCUUUAAGUGAUAGUGAGAUGCAAACGGCAAAUGAGCUCAAUGCAUAUGGCAGGAGGAGGCUCAGAUGGGUGCAGAAGUACUUCAUGAUCUAUAAUUAUUGCUCUGAUCUCAAAAGGUUCCCUAGAGGAUUCCCUCCUGAGUGCAGGAGGUCAAGAGUCUGAGGGAAAUCAUCCAAUAUGAUUGUGUGUGUGCUUGUUGCAAUUCCUCCUUUGAGUUAUAAGAUUUGCUUUGUUCUCUGUUAUUCUUCCGUUGUACAUUCUCAAGGUCAAUAAAUCUCCUAACUGCGUUUAAA